UAAUUCCAUUUAAAUCUACCCUUCGAAAGAACCUGCAACCCAUACGUGAUAUGCUGGAAGCAGGAGCAACUCCAUCGUCUAUACACAGUAGAAUGCAUCCUACAGUAGGCGCCGUAUGACAGUUACGCAUAGCAUAGUUUUUUUUUUAUUGCGUCCCUAUGCAUUUAUCUGUCAAUUGACGAUUGUUUAGUUUUCUUCCGCACGGUCAUCUGCGCUAUCACUGUGCCUGUCCGGAUCCGGAUUGUGUUAUUUAUUUGUCCGUGCAGCAGCAAAAAGUUGUCCAACCCAUCACUUUACAAUGGAUUACGUCGAUAUACAGGCCGUGGAAUCGAAGCUUACCGACGUGACGGUCACACCGAUACCGAUGAUAAAGAAUGCCCACACUAACCACAGCACCGGCGGGCGGCAGCAGCAGCAGCAACUAUGGAGCCAAUCACACGGCCAACAUCACCAUUACCCCGCAGGUAAAUCAUCGUAACAGCCACAACAACAGCAACCACCACCACCACAGUAGUGUGUCCGGUGCGGUCAACGAUGGUUCCUCGGGAGCGCUAGCAUUAACCGUUGGAUCGAACCAUAGCAA